AUGGAGAGCUCAAAAGAUAGAAAAGACCAGAGAAAUCUUGCACUUGAGUCAGUAUUUAGAGCGUCAAACAAUCAGAUUAACCAAAAUUUCCAACGAGCCCAAACUCAUACAGCCACUAACCAAGAAGAACCAAAACAAAUCCCAACAAGCAAUCACAAUCCUUCCAGCCACACUGAAGAACCAAAGACCAAAAAAAAUCCGAUGGCAGCUUAUAAAUCCCCGCAAUCUACCCUCAAACCAGAAACUCAAAAAGCUAGAACUCCAAUUGAAGGAGCCAAAGUAGCCACGCCAAUAAUUCCUCAAAAUGAGCGAGUUGUGGAAGCAAAAGAAAAAAGUACUUCUUCGUCUUCCAGAAAUUCAGUUCCAAAAAUAGAGGAAAAUAAAUCGUUUGGAGACAUUAAGCCAACUGAUACGAAAGAUUUAAUCAAUUGUACAAAAAUUACAGAAAACGAAGUUAGGCUAAUUAGAGAAACUAACUUUCCAGUCAAGAAAAGCACAAAAAACCCUGAAGCAAAUCCUGCUCAAUCUGUUCAAGUAAAAGAUUCAAGCAAAUCAGAAGCACCUCCUAUAAGGAAAAGCGAAGGAGAAUGAAAUGAUCGGCAUGAAGUUAAUAAAGAAGAAAUGAGACGGAUCUUUUCAAGUGAAAGCAAAGCUUCACCAGAUCGCAAUCCGAUAACCUCUCAAACGAGAGUUGAAGCGAAAACGCAUUCUAAAGUUACUGGAAACGGACUUAUUUCAAGUGAGAUCAUACAAUUUAAAGACAAGAACCAAGAAAUUAAGCAGAAUAAUAGUUUUCAAGCCACUUCAACAAACCAAGUUUCUGUGAAUCAGAAACCAGUUCAAAUUGUUCCGCCACCUCGCCCAUUAGCUUCAAACCCACCACCUCUCCCAUUAGUUUCAAACCCACCACCUCAGCCAGAGAAAAUGCAUUUUUUUGCAAAGCCAGCUCAAAUUGUUCCAAACCCUCUAAAUAAAGUAGCAGAUGAUAGAAAUAUCGUUCAAAAUGGCAAUGUGCAGCCUCAACCGCCUUUGACAAAUAAUCAAAUUUUACAAGCAGGCCAAUCAAAAGAUAAAGCCCCUUCUCUAAACACAAUUUUGGGAAAGUUGAAAAGUCCUUCUCAGGUGCCCAGCCAGCAGCCCGAAAGCCAAACUAGUACGCCAAGUUCGUAUCCUUCCUCAGCUUUCAAGCAGCAGCCAAAUAGUCAAACUAGUAUAACAAAUCAAUAUCCUUCCUCCGCACCCAAACAGCAGCUAGCUAAUCAAAACAAUUUGUCUUCUCCAUUUUCUGCUUCAGUCCCCAAGCAACAGGAACUUAACGAAAGGAAUUUUGCUAAUUCAUCCAAAGCAUCCUCGCAACACUCGCUUGAUCAAAGCAAUUGGUCUUAUGAUAAUCCUUCUCCAGCACCCAGGCAGCCGCCAGAAGACAAAAGCAAUUUGGUGCCGAAUCAAGUUCCUUCACAAGCCAAACCGCAAUCAUUUCUUCAAAGCAACGUGCCUAGUGCAUACUCAUCUUCAACGCUCAAGCAGCAGGCAACAAAUCAAACUAACGCUCCUAAUCCAUGCUCUUCCCCAGCCACCAAACAACAGGAACCUAACCAAAACACCUUUGCUAAUCCAUCCUCAGCAUCCUCUCAAUCAUCUUUUAACCAAAACAACCGACCUUAUGAUAAUCCUUCUCCAGCACCCGGGCAGCUGCCAGUAAACAAAAGCAAUGUCGCGCCAAAUCAACUUCCUUCACAACCCAAGCCGCAAUCAUUUCUUCAAAGUAACGCGCCUAGCUCAUAUUCCUCCUCAACACCCAAACAGCAGGCAGCAAAUCAAAACAAUGUUCUUUCCCCAGCCCUCAAGCAGAUACCGCUUAGUCAAAACAACAUUUAUAAUCCAAAUCCUUCCCAAACUAUCAAGGCACCACUUAGUCAAAACAAUGAAAAUCUGAACAAUAGAAAUCCUUCUCCAGCGCAUAUGCAGCCAAUAAGCCAAAACAACUUUAAAAAUGAUUUUUAUUCAGCUUCAAAGCCUAGCUCAGAAAGUUCCAGUAAACCCAAUUUUUCAUCAAUUCCACGUGACAUUAGCCCGAUAGUCUACAAUCGAGAUUCAUCUCCAUAUUCAUAUCCAUUUGAUAGAUAUUCAGAUCCAUUUGAUAGAUAUUCAGAUCCAAUCCAGGACAACCCAUGGUCUCAAAUCCCAAAUGGAGGGAAACCGCUUUAUCAAUUUGCAAAUAACUAUAGUCAGCAAGCCCAAGAUAAAAAGGCUGAAAUACCGAAUGCAUGCAGGAGCGCAAAUAAUUUUGAUAAUCAGCGUCUAAGAGAUGCCAGGCCACCAAUCAAUAUACCACCCCCACCUCUCUAUUCUUCAGAAAUUUCUCCAUAUGACAGCCAAACUAGUCCUUACGAGGACCCCCAUUUUAUUUCAAAUCCAUUCAUGCCUAAUAGCUUUCCCAUAAAAAGAUCAGUAAAUUAUGACGAACUCUUUAAUUAUGUGCUUGACUUUCAGUUUGUCAAAGCAGGGCUAGAUGCUAUGGACCCUCCAGAAAUUCCAAGCAUCUUUAAUAGCCCACAUGAUUAUGAGAAGUGGCUGAAGCCUGCAUUCUACGAAGAGUUUGAUGUCUAUCUGAUGCGGGCUUAUAAUGAAAUAAAUAAAGCACCGUCAAUCACAUCAAAGCUAGAAAUUCACUCUGAUUAUGGGAAAAUCAGGAAAUCUUACUACGAGGAAUCACUUCAAAACCAUGAUGUUCUAAUAAUGAUUCCUGAAAGCCUGAUCGGCCGUUCCAAUCCUUUACAGUAUAUGGAAUAUAAGAACUUUUAUAAGAUUGGAAUUAUAAAUAAGUUGCCACCCCCCAAAGGAACAAGGAUCAUAUGAAAUAAUGGGAGAGCUCUUGAGCCGUAUGAAGAGGAAAACUUUCGUAUUUAUACCCUUGAUAAGAUGAUUUCAUCAAGCCGAGAAUUUUCGAUUUUCCAGCUUUUUCCUUCUUUUAAGCUUCAAAAUUACGUGCUAUCGCCGAAUCUGGCGGUAAAAGAACCAUUAUCGGAUGAAUUGUUGGAUUACAUCGCAACCAUUCACCAUGAAUUCAAUGAAUUUCAAUUUGAUGCUAUUAGAGAAAUUCUACAGGUAACUGAAGGGAUAUCACUGCUUCAAGGUCCUCCUGGGACUGGAAAGACUAAAACCAUUAUAGGAAUUCUUUCUGGAUUUUUAACUAAAACUAGGCUGCGUAAGUUCCCAAAUAUCCUGAUAUGUGCGCCAAGUAACAUCGCAAUUGAUGAAAUUGGCUGAUAAUAAUAAAUGGCGUCAAAUACUUGCUAAUUAGUGGGUUAUUGUAAAAAAUUUUUGAUAAGAUUGAAAAUUGAUUAUUAUUGAGGUGGUAAAUACCCAAAAUUUGCACCAAAUUAAUUAUAUGAAGUUAAAAGGAUGGACUAGAGGACAAAAAGUUAGAAGCUGAGUAAUUAAUGUGAUUUAAUGAUGAAAUCGGACUCAGGAUAGUAAGAGACGGACUUUUUAUAGGAGGCCAAGAUCCUGAAAGCAUUAUGAUCAUAAGAAUUGGCAAAAGAAAACAUUGGGAAGGAAAAGAUAAUGAUAAUGAAGAAGUAGACGAAAUCAAGUCUAUAAGGCUAGAAUUUCUUAUUGAGCAAAAGCUAAGAGAGCUCAAUAAAAAAGAUACAAGAGAAGAUAUUGAAAGCGUAAAUAAGCAAAUUAAUGAAUUUAAAGGAUUGGUGGAUUUUGAUGAAGAUGCAACUGAGUUAAAUGUGUUUAUCGAGCAAUUACAGCAAGAAUUAGUUCAACUUAAAAAACAAUUGAAAGAUUACAAUGAUGCUAAGAAGUCUAUAAGAGCUGACUUAGUGAAAAGGGCUAAUGUGGUUUUAACAACCUUGAGCGGUGCUGGCUCUGAAAUGCUAAAAGCUAAAACUUUCGAUUAUGUAAUUAUCGAUGAGGCUUGCCAAUCAAUAGAACUCAGCUCAUUAAUUCCUUUUCAAUACAAUCCCAAACAUGUAGUUUUAGUAGGAGACCCAAACCAACUUCCAGCAACUAUGCUUUCAGAAAAGUCCGAAAAAAAUAAUUUUGGCCGCUCUUUAUUUGAAAGACUAGCAACAAAUGGGGCUGAAUAUAACUUCCUUAACACUCAGUACAGAAUGAAUCAAGAAAUUUGUGCUUUCCCAAGCAACUGCUUUUAUAAUAGCAGACUGGUAUGCGCUCCAGGGUUCUUUGAGAGCCGACCAAUUCCAGAAUGAAUUAAUCCUUCAGGGAUUAUGCUUUUCGAUUUAGCAUCUUCUGAAGAAAGAAAAGAAGACAGCGAGACAAGCUUCUACAACCGAGAAGAAGCAAUAUUUAUAGAAGAAAUCUACCGUUAUAUAAAAACUAGAUCUUCAAGCAAAAAUAUCGAAAUAGGGGUAAUCACACCCUAUGCGAAGCAAACUGAAACAAUUCAAACACAACUUACUAGAUUUCAUCAGAAAGAAUGGGAAAAGCAUAUAGAGGUUGGGACUAUAGAUGGGUUUCAAGGAAGGGAAAAAGAUGUGAUUAUUUUAUCGCUGGUAAGAACUGAAGGGAUUGGAUUCUUAUGGAACAAAAAGAGGAUUAAUGUCUCGCUUACAAGAAGCAAGUUUGGGCUCUGGGUAAUUGGAAAGGCGGACUGCCUAAUAUCUGAUGAAACUUGGGGAGCAUUUAUUCAGCAUUGCCAAAGCCAGCAGAAACUUGUAACAUGCUAUAGCUUUAAUGAUGUUGCCCAUUAUUUUUCAAAGGAAAGUGCAAGUCAUGUUGAAAGUGAUUAUCAUUAUGAUUAA